GCUUGGUUUGGGCGAUUUCUGUAUAUCUCUCUCUUUCUCUUUCUCUUUCUCUUGGUCCUCAAAAAUCAAAAUCAAGGCAGUGAGUGAGUCAUUUCUCUAACCCUAAAAAGGUCAGGCAUGGGCGAGCCAUCAUCUUCAAAACCUCUCUCUCCUCUCCGAAUCCCAGAGUCACCUCUCUCAACUUCAGAUGUGUUAAGUCGUGAAGAGCUUCUUCGAAGACGAUCGGAACGGUUGAGGCAGGUGACGAAGUUGUACAAAGCGUUUUACUGGGCGUUAAUGGAGGAACUGAGAGCGAAGUACAAAGAUUAUUACUGGAGGUACGGGAAGAGUCCGUACUACAAUGGGGAAGAAGAGGAGGAAGAAGAAGAGGAAGAAGAAGAACAAGAGAGGAACAGGAAUGGGAAUGGGAAUGGGAAUGAAGAGGAUGUCGAAGAGAUGAGAUGUGAAGUGACAGGGUGUAAGGCAAAGGCGAUGGCGUUGACGAGGUAUUGUCAUGCGCACAUUCUUUCGGAUACUAAGCAGAAUCUCUAUAAGCCAUGUUCCUAUUGCAUCAAGAGCACACAGACAGGGCCUAUUCUCUGUUGUAAGCCUGUACUGAGAUCUACAGUUCCUCUUCUCUGUCCUACUCAUAUGCAAGUUGCUGAAAAACAUCUUAUCCGAGCCCUGAAAAGGGCGGGUCUUAAUAUCUCUUCAACCAAAAGGCUUGCUCCAAAGUUCCACGUUGUGGUUGCUGAAUAUGUUCGCCAAAUUCAGACCAAAAGAAGAGCUGCACGAAAAGCUACUGUAGCUAAGGAUCGGAUUGAUGAGGAAAUGAGGUAGGGUGCCUAAUUGUUGAUUAUUAGUCUAUUUGUAUAGGUGUUGGGCUGUUGGUAGCGCAGACAGAUGGCAGUAAUUUGGGUUGGCUCUGAUUGGUGGAGAAGGAUAAGAUCUGGACAGGAUAUUGGACUUUUUUUUUGGUAUUGGAAGUCAAUGUUUUGUGCAUACUUAUUAAAGGUACUUGCUUUCUCUUAUUUAUAUCUAUAUGAAAUUGGCUGGCAGUUAAUAAGCAGAAUGAUGCACAUGUCACUAUAAACUCAAAUGAAGCAUGUGCUCAACAAAAUGUAUAAUGUUGUGAAAUGUAGUAUAGAUGCAUUGUUUCUUGUAUUCAUUUAUUAAUAAAAAUAUCAAAAUUCUGGUUCGUGUA